GGGGAGCUGUCGCCUGUAAAGCAGGACAGACACUGAUAUAUACACACACUCACACACACACUCACUCACUCACACACUGUGUAUCUGUUGGUGAAGAGCCUCUCCCUCAGCGACAAGGAUGCGGACUUUAUUCUCAACAACAAUUCUGCUGCUGGUUGCUCUGACAAUCGCUGCGGAAGCCAUAAAGAAAAAAGGGAAUAAGAAGGAGGGCAAAGCGGACUCAGAAUGCGCCGAGUGGGUGUUUGGGAAAUGUGUGCCCAACAGUGGAGAUUGUGGGCCGGGGGUUCGAGAGGCCACCUGCAAUGAGCAGUCCAAGAAGCACAAGUGUAAAGUGCCGUGCAACUGGAAGAAGGACUUUGGGGCUGAUUGCAAGUACAAGUUUGGCCGCUGGGCAGAGUGCGACACGUCCACAGGCACUCGGAGUAGAUCUGGAACUCUGAAGAAAGCCAUGUUCAACGCCGACUGUCAGACCACCAUUAAGGUGUCCAAACCCUGCAAUCCAAAGACACCCACCCCCAAGGGCGCAGAGAAAGCAAAGAAAGGAAAGAAAGGAAAAGAAAACUAAGUAUUGCUGUUCCCCACCCCCCCUCCUCCAAAUUCCCAAUGGAACGUCCCCACGAACCCCUCGUUAACACUCAGUAUGGUGAGUGUAGUGCUGCUGAGUGGAAGUUAAUCUACAAUGAGGAAAAAAAUCUAUAACCCUAUCUAUAUUUUAUUCUGUGUUUUUGUUGGUACAGUUGUGGUUGUUUCCAUUGUUGUAUUUAAAAAUUUCUGUAGAAUGUGGUUAACUGUACUUUAUAUUUGCUUUUCAUAUAAUAGUAGGAAACCACACAAUACCACUGUGUACUAAAGGUGUAGGACAAAAACAACACCGUAUUUUCUUUGGCCCUAUGAAAAUGUCUCUGAAGAACAGCAGCAAUAGAAACCAAGAUUAAACUUCCACUGGAACAGCAUCUGUGCAUCUUACAUGAAAUGAAAUGUAAAUUUUUUUAGUACUCUUUGCUAUGGUAGCCCACCAAGUAUCUAUGCUUAAAACAUGUCUAUGUUUGUAGUUUUGUAAUCAAUGUACAAUCAAAACUUCAGCAUCACUAACUGAUUACUUCUUCAGGUCUGUGAAUAAAUAAGAAAAGUGUAUUUUCAAUAA